CAAGUCGCGACUCGCCAGCGCAAAGUUAUUUGCAGCCAUCGGGCGCUGGUUGCUGUGUGCGAUGUGUGUCGUCGUUUCCGUCAAGCGGCGGCCGCUUCCCCGAACGGAACCGUAAGAUGGUCGCGAUCCUUCCUUCGUCACCUUCGCCACCGCCGCGGAACUUAUGAGAGCCGACAUGUCUCACCACCAGCAACCACUACGCAACGCGUAUCGUCCGGGCCCUGAAAUGCGGGGCUCUGUUCACUUGACCGCCGAAGAGAAUGAGACGGUCGUCUCGGCCUGCAGGGAUCGCAGAUGGCAGGUCAUUGCAAUGGGCAUUGCGGAAGUCUACCAGUCGGGGCCACCUCCAAGGCAUGACCGGUGGCAGCGCUGCUGCUGCGGUGUCGCCUGCUUCAUCAAGGACAAUGCUGCGAGGGCUUUCUUUAUCCGUCUUUUCGACUUUGAUAGGCGCGACUUCACCUGGGAGCAGGAGCUUUUCGUGGAAUUUACGUACAAGAGUCAGCUUCCGUACUUUCACACAUUUGAGGCAGACGACUGCCAAGCGGGUCUUAAUUUUGCGUUCGAAGACGAGGCAGCGAACUUCGGAAAUGCUAUUGAAGAGAAGCUGCGAAGUCGGCGUCAGAAGCGGGAAGAGAGGAAUAGGUUACAAAUGGCAGCCAACAAGAAUGAUCGGUCCUUUCCAGUGCACGAUCCCCGAAUUCCUACAUGUCCCAGUACAAAUGGCAUACUAAGCCAGCACAAUAAGAAAUCGAAGUCGAGCAACAAGAAGGGCAAGAAGCAGAAGGAGAGGAAGUACACAAAGGCUGACAUCAGCAACCCAACCGACUUCAAGCACAUUCAGCAUGUUGGCUGGGAUCCCGACAAGGGGUUUGACUUGGAGAACUAUGUGGACAGCAAGGAGCUAAACACACUGUUUGAGAUGGCAAUGGUCACAGAAAAGGACCUCAAGGAGCCUGGAACGCGGCAGUUCAUUUACGAGUUCAUUGCGAAGAAUGGCGGUGCAGACAUGAUCAAGGGAACAGCUGCCAAGGCAGGCCAUGGUGCAACACCUGCCGCACCUCCUGCGGUGCCUUCAAGGGAACACACAAGCGGGCCUCCAAGUCGGCCUCCACCACACGCUCAUGCCCCACCCCCGCCAAAUGGGGCUGUUCCGCGGUCGGUCCCACCCCCACCGCCAGCACGGACGGGGCAGACGCGUGCUCCACCAACUCCGCUCAGCAACGGCAGGAUGGCACGCUCCACAGCCUCCCCUCAGGCGGCCCCGCCCCCGCCUCCGCCCCCUCCGCCACCCCCCAGCAUGGGAGGCGGAGCACCGCCUCCACCGCCCCCGAUUCCAGCAGCCGCAACUGCCAAUGGUAUCGGAGGCGGAGGAGCGGGCGGAGCUGGUCAGGACGUUCGAGGAGCGCUGCUGGAGCAAAUUCGCAAGGGCAAACCGCUUAAUCAUGUUGACCCAGAGACAGAGUCCACGCACAGCACGAAUAGCAAUCCGGAUGCUCGUGGAGCAUUGCUGGACCAAAUCCGUGGGGGCAUAAGACUUAAGUCUGUACCAGACUCUGCCAGAACUUCACCAUCCGAAACUAAGUUGGAAGGCUUGGCUGGAGCUUUGGCCAGAGCGCUACAAGAACGGGCAAAAGCGUGCAUGCCUGACGACAGUGAUUCCAGUGACGAUUCAGAGUCUGAGGAAGAUGACUGGGACGACUGAGCUGCUGUCAGUGCUUUGCUGUAGUGUCCUUGGAAAACCUCCAAAUAUGAGUGACAGGCACCCUACACAUUCACCAAUUAUAUGUGGCGGCCGAAAUCAUGUUGCCAGCGCCGUCAUCAAGAUCAGUUUCGGCUACUGCUUAUUGGAUGUGAAAUAGCCAAGUGUUCUUCUGUCACAUCUCUUUAUCUGCUGCCUUUCCCAAUGUAGCAGACGACAUUGUCGUCGGCCAUUAUGCAACUGGGAGCUCUGCUGUGUACCCACACGAUGGUGACCUUAAGGACGGAGAUUUCGACUACUGCUCGUGGACACAACAAGAAUUACCGUGGAGUUACAGCAGUCUGCGACGUAUGAGCAUCAUAUUCAAGAGCACUAGCACGCACCACUUGUGUCUCUCGCGAGUGAGAAUAACUGUGCCCAGCAUUGAAAACAACCAGAUGAACUGAUCGACGUUUUUGCUCACUAAUGGGGAGAGGACAGCCUGCUAAGAGCGCAGGCUAUCGACUACUGCACGACUAUCAUUUCUGUGAACGUGGACAUGACAUGUACGUAUCCAGCACACAUCUGGAUUCGACAAGUGCACUUGUGCAAAGGCAUCAGUGGAUGCGGAGAGUGUGGUGAAACAUAUUGGCUUGUGGCCUCGAUUGCAACACCGUAGUGCUGCAAAUGGAAAAGAUGUUGCUACUGCUGCUGCCUCUGGCGCUGUUGUUGUUGUGUGGAGGAUGUUUAAAACUCCACCUGUUGUUUGUUCUGCCGUAUAACCCAACUGGCUGUUCACUGAUCAGGUUUUGCAUUUUUCGUUCUUCUAACUUAUGUUUUUUUGCAAAGACUGAUUUACUACUCCCUUUUGUGGAAAGUUUCGGGGAAAAUUUGCAAAGUAGAUGGUGCAGAAGUGAUGAUCGAUAAUUUUUCAAAUGCUUUUAUGCCUCUUGUCAACAUUUUUGUUUUCAUUUAUCCUUGAGAAAGCCUGGAACUUGGGUUUAAGAAGGGUACCUUGUUGACCAGAUACAUCAAUUAUGGUGGUUGUACAUAAUUGUCGCGUGUAAUAAAUUAAAAUUGUUUUCUUUCGUAUAGAAA